AUGGCAUUCAAGUCGUCGGAAUGCUCGCUGCAUCCUGAACACGCCGUGGCCUGGCGUAUGCUCGCCGAUGAUGUGCGGCUUUUGGGUGAUCGAAUGAACAGGUUCCGCCUGACCCUCUCUGGCUCAUUCGCCGUAGCAACCACCAUUCACUACAUCCGCCAAGACUUUAUCCGGCUCAAAAACCUGCCUUCGAACACGGUCGUACCGGUCGUCGUCACUCUUGAUGAAGUGAGCAUGCUGCUUGGACAAACAGUCGACGAGAAAUUCGACCGCGAGUUUAGCACGUUGCCGCAAUGGCGCCAAGAACGUCGGUUCAUCAAAUGGGCUAUCGCGCCACUGCGAGAAUUGUCGAAUUCAGGCGGGAAGGUUACUUUAUUUAUGAGUGGGACGCGUCCUUUUGCGCUGAGCGACGCUGUCCAGGUGGACAUGUCCGACAAAGUCACCGGGAGCAGGUUUUUCGCUUGGUUGAUCGAGAUGCCACGUCUCUCUGGCGCUGCCUCGGCUCAGCUGGCGACCCGCCGUAACAACAACGCAGCUUGGCAUCGAGAUGUUUGGACGACGCUGUUGCUCCAGCGAGCACUGGGCAUUCCUCGCCAAAUUAACAACAUUUUCACGACCGACAACCGUUCCAUGCCGAUCACGAUUGAUCCCAAGUCUUUGAUUGCUUUUGUUCGAGCCAUUGCUUUCAAGUCGACUCUUGACGAUUGGGCAGAUGCUCGGAUUGACAGGUUGGUGGAUCUUGGACUCUGCUUUUGGACCUCACUCUCUCAGUAUUCCUUCUCUCAGCAACUGAUGCUAAACCUGCACUUUCUCGACCUUGUCAAACUCGAUGAUGACCAGUGCGCGUAUGGCCACAUCGCCAGCAAACUGCUCACUGAACUGCAAACAAUCGGGAAGAUGAGUCAGCCGGAGACUGUUAAUGACAAUGCGGUCUCUCUUCCCUCGCACAACUGGGAGCAAAUUGUGCCGCGCUUGCUCAACCUGCGCCUGCUUGUGGAGCUGUGCGAUGCGUGCGCCAAAACCAAGGGCGCACCACAGGCUGCCGAUCUGACACUACCUCUUCCCACACUGUUUGAAGGCGCCGUCUUGAGCGACGACUUGCAGUCAGUCAUGGUCGUUUUGCGACAGUUUGAGCGAGCGGUCGAUUCGAUUCCAGAUGGGUUUUCCUUGACCCGCGUCAACGAGGAGUUCAGCGAUUUGAAUGCCAGCUUUGUGUCGGUCAAUGGUUCGGACACAAUGUCCAAGCCGGUCGCGUCUGGCAACCUCGACGACAGAUCUUGGCACGUCUCGCGCAAUGAACUGGGCGACUUCUUGUGCGGUCUUAAGCCUGUUUUUGAUGUCUGGCUGAACUUUGCAAAAACAACGAAACAAACUGUCGCAGCGCUCUCGUUGUACAACCCGAAUUUGUCGGACGUGCCUGCUCUUACCAACCAAUUCUACAACAGCAAGCUGACACAAGCUGAAGCUCGCGAUUUGGCGCAGCGGUUUUUCGACAAGCGCAGCGCAGACAAAACGGCUUAUUUCGACAACCACGCGAAGCUCCACCAGUUUCUGAAAGACAUUGACCCCGGUCUUGCUGCGAAACUCUCCCCUCCGGAUCUCACCUGGUACUUUGACGAACAGCCACCUGUGACAAGCCCGAUCAAUCCGUACUGA